ACGUUCGAUAUCCGAGCCUUACGAAGAAGAAUGUCGAACGCAACGUACGAUGAACUCUGGAAAACGGCCUAUGAGCUACUCACGGAAACAAUACAAACGGACACGGUGAUUCAGGGCACUAAGCCCCAAAAGGAUCGCAAAAAGGCACACGACGUCGUCUCGCCCCUUUACGUGAGAUACAUUCUCAUAUGCAACAAACUCGAGGAAUGCUACGAACAGAUGAUACAGCCGCAGAAGCGCCUGUUAAUCAGGAAAUUGUUGAACGCGGUUCUGGGCCGAUUGCUGGAACUGAAACACGAUUUGGUCAAUAUCGAUCUUUCGGAGCACAGCUAUUACGACAAUGUGCUGAUCGAGUGCGGCGUGACGCCGCAGGAGGCCGAGAUCCAGGUGCCGAGGUAUUUCAGACGCGAACGCAUCGCGGAAAUCGAGGAGAGACGAAAAUUUAUAGAGAGCACACUCAGAAAUCUGGGCGCGCUUCACGAGACCGUUGUUCCCGAAAAAAUGACCGAGUCGCAAGCUAUACGACUCAUUCAGGCCCACGAACGAGCGAGGCAAGGUAGGGUGCGGUAUCAGUUUAUGAAAGAAAUACGCGAAAUGAAAGAAAGAUCAAUUACAAAGCCAGAAGUGGAGGAAAAGGAUGAAGAAUGCGAGAGACUCGCGGCGUUGAAGAUACAGAAGUUAUGGAAAGGAUAUAUCACUAGACGGCGCAUUCGUAAGAGACGUCUCGAAGAAAUGAUGUUAAUCGGGAUGUUACAACCUAGUCAAAUUAUCACGGAGAACGUUCGACAAGUCGAAAGACUGAAGCAGCAGAGAUACGAAAAGCAGAUGGAUUUUCAGCGGCAGUACGAAGAUCUAUUAAUAGAGUUCAAAGAAAGAAUCCGCAAAGACAGUAGCGCUAUCAUGGAGGAAAAUAUAAGGAGCGAAAUUCGAAAUUGGAUCGACAGUUAUUUUCAGCAAACCGGAAAAAUACCCGAUUUACCGUCCGCAGAAAGUGGCGGUUCGCGGAUGAUUUUCAGCCGGCAGGGAACCGAAAGCACUGUGAGCAAGUCCACAGCAGUGUCGUCGAAGGAAUCCAAAAAGUCGAAACGUUCGAAGGAACGUUCGAAGAAAGAUAGCGACACAGAGCAAUCGGAAGACGAAACGGAUCUAGGAUUUAAAUCAAUUCCUUCUAACUUCCUGUCGGAACUUACUAGCGCGAAUCAGGAAUAUCAGGACGUUUGGAAGGACAAGGACGAAUCCGCGAAUCCGAUGCAGCUGCCUUAUCGUGAUAUGAUAGAAGCGGAGAAGAGAAAAGAAGUCGAGGACGAAGUUAGAGUGGUUGUGGACCAAGCGAUGAGAGGUGACAUAGAGGCUCUCCAACUCGCAUUAGACAGAGACAGAGGUUUUAAGGGGAAACGCACGAAGAAAUCGCAGAAACGAGUACGCAGAAGUGGGAAGAAAAAUAAAAAAAAGAAAGAGAAAGAUCUGACACCCGAUAGAACUACAGAAUCUCUCUUCGAAGAGCUUGUUUCGCAGGGUAUUAUCAAGCUCCAUCACGAAAUUUUCUUAAAUGAGUUUAAAGGUGAAAAGUCAUUUGCAAAUUAUGAUCUCCGUGGGAAGGAUAAAGAUCCUCUUCCAGUUAUCGGCGACAUAAGACAACUGAUUGCCGAAUAUUGUAUACUUCCACUUGGUAACCAAGUUCUGAGAGAACUCACACCUCUUGUAAGAUCAGUUCUUAUAGCCGGUCCUCGUAGCAACGGCAAAAAGUUUUUAGUAAACGCGAUCUGUACGGAACUUGGAGCCACGCUCUUUGACAUUACACCAGCAAAUAUUGCCGGAAAAUAUCCCGGUAAAUCGGGAUUAAUCAUGCUUAUUCAUUUAAUUUCGAAGGUAUCGCGAUUGCUACAGCCAUCAGUGAUUUUUAUGGACGAUGCGGAAAAACCGUUUGUGAAAAAGGUAGCAAAAGGAGAUAAAACUGAUCCAAAACGUUUGAGAAAAGAUCUACCAAAGCUGAUGAAAAGCAUCACGAGCGAGGACAGAGUUCUGCUUAUUGGUACAUCUAACAAACCCUGGGACGGUGAUCAAAAAUUAUUGUAUCAGACAUACGACAAAGUUAUAUACAUACCUAGACCGGAUUACGGCACUAUAUCUUUUAUAUGGAAGGACUUAUUAUAUAAAUAUUCGGGUAUUAAUCGACAGUUUGAUACAUCGGCUAUGACUAAGGCAUGCGAUGGUUUCACAAUUGGUACUAUUUUAGCGACGAUUAACGAGGUAAUGACUACAAAGCGCAUGGUACAAUUACGAACUCAUCCGCUUACACAUGUCGAAUUGAUAAAUGCAUUGAGUUUUAAAGAUCCUGUAUAUAGCGAAGAGGAAGACGCAUUUCUAGCCUGGUUUUCCAAAACACCAACUUGUCGACGGAAACAAAGAGCUCUAGAAUUAGAACUUGAGAAAUUAAACGAAGCAAAUGAAUCACAAAAAAAGAAAAAAGGAAAAUAAAACGCAUAAAAUCGUUUUUGUAAUAUAGAAAGCAAUAUGUUUUUACCUUAUCAAAAACAUCGUCGUAAACACUUCAAUGAAUCAUCAAUAUUAGCUUACAUUGUUUAUUUCCGAUGAUGUUUACGUUGACUUUACAAGUACGAAUAAAAUUGUUUACAUGCAACGA